AUGGUGCGCUCAGAGAAGAAACGCGAAGCCAUGAGAUUUCUCUAUGACCUGGAGACCAACAUCCAGGCCUAUGGCGGCAAAGUCUGCCUGAGGACCGACCAGCCGGACCUCUGGGACAUUAUGGAUGGCAGGGACCACCACGAGGAGCCAAACCAUUUGAACCCGGCCAUCUUCGAUUUCGACAGCAUCCUGCUCGCGGGCUUCAAGGAUUUGGAAGCCGUCCAUUGCUGGUGGGCCUCGGAUCAGGUUUUCGAGCUGCUCAAGGACAGAAGCUCAAUGGAGAAGAUGAGCCUGCACACCAUGGACGGCCUGGCAGAAGCCUUCCAGGGCUCCAAAAAGAGAGUUGCCAUGGGAGACAAGCUCAUGCUUUUGGAGAUUGCCAAAGCAGAAGCCUUCCAGCCGAUGCAGCGCUAUGUGGACACGUACAAGGGCAUGGCUGUGAAGGCCCCAAAGGACAUUGGCGCGGUCUGCAACCUGCUCUUUGCGGAAGGAAUCAGCGGCGUGCUCAUGAAUGAGUUCCCCGUUCAGGCUUGGGCCGACUUGAGAUGUAAACUCAUCAGCCAGCUUAGGCUAUCCGCGUCAGCGCAAAACUGA